AUGACUGACUCGCAAUUUGGUCUGCGCCACGUAAUUGGAGCCCCGGUGGCCACGACGCGACUAUCGGAGCAAGCGAUCGUCUGUGUACCUCCUCGGUCCGCCAAGUUCACUCUCGCGGAGUGGAAGCUCAACAACGAUACGAGAAGCAGGAAUGCUGAAGACCAAGCCCAACUCGCCGACAGAGUCCUUAAAGAAAGCGAAAGAGUCCGCGACAAAACUAAAGAAGGCGCGAAACUCUUAAAAGAAACCACCGACCGACGCAUAGAAGAACGAAUCGGUGAUAUAGAGUUCAAUAAAGGAGAGUUGAUGGUACAAAGAAAAGAGAUUUACAAUGAGCUGGAAGCUUUAGGCAUGUAUAAAACCCGGCUGCAAGACUGUUUAGCUUCUCUGCAAUCGAAUGCUCUUACGAUUUGUAGGAAAUGUCUCAUGUUACGAGACGGGCGGCUAGGGAUCGACUUGGCUGUCGAUAAUGUUGAAGAUGCGCUGCAAACUGAAAUAACUACCAUUCUUGGGGGACAAAGUCUCUUGAAACGGGCUCUGGAGCAGUUGAACGAACAGAUGCGUCGACUACGUUCCGUCCGCUACCUACUCGAUCGCGAUUUGCAGUACAAGCAAGCUGCCAUCGAUUCCGAUAAGGGAUCACUUAUUUUAAAACCGACCGACUUAUGCCUAUCCGUUUACGAAGGCUAUGCAAACUUAGACCCCGCUGAUAUUUCAGCUGAAGAAUACAAUGCGUACUCCGCGAAGAACAUACAACAGGCAGCACGGGAAGUAUCUUCCGCACGCCCGAUACGCAUUUUCAUUGAUACCUUGCUCAAACAGGUUAUUAAUGAUCUAUGGACUGCCUAUAACAAAUGCAACCAUGAAUUCAAUGAACGUAUUAAAGAGACUCAUAUUGAAAAAGCGAGGCUAGAGGAGAUGCAUCACCAGACGGCGGAGAAGGUUUUCGAUAUGCAGAACAAUAUUUUAGAAUUGAAGAAGGCUUUGGCUGAUAAAGAGGCGUAUAUAGGACUGGCGCACACGAGACUCGGUAGAAGGUCUCAGAGAGUGGGCGCAGAGCUGGUGAAGGAUCCUCCAGGGCAGGCGCUGUACUACGAGUGCGAGAGCCUGCGGCACAGCGUGGAGGAGCUGCAGCAGAUGCUGCAGGAAGCCACGAGCUCACUUCGGUAUUUGCUGCAGACGCAAAUCCAGUUGGAAGAGGAUAUUAACAUCAAGAUGAAUACUUUGAAGAUCGAUGAAGUGGACUGCAUGACUUUGAGAGCUACUAUGGACUAUCAUUCCUACUAAUCAUGCCACUGACUGUUUUAUACUUUAUACCCUUAUGUUUAUUUACUUUAUUUUCUUCAUACUCAAUAUCAGAGAUUUUUUUCUGAAAUUCAGGUUGAGUAUAACGUUUGUAUCAAUGUUUUUUUUACAAAUAACUUUUUAUUAAGAAAGCUCUACAAAUAUAUGUAGAAAUAAAUUUAUUUUCGAAAGGAUUUAUGAAGGCAAAUGGGUAAAGAACAUCUAUUACUUACCUAAUUACAGUACUACUUCAUGGAAAUAAUAAAAUAUUUCCCCGAAUCUGUGCGUAAUUUCCAUACGCGUGGGUUUUUUCGGAAAGGUAGCACAGUAUACAUUACUCAACAACUAUUUUUAUAUUUGUACUUACGUUUGUAUAGAUUUUUUUAAAUAGGUUUUCUUUUGCUACAUUUUAUUUUUAUAUUGUCUCUUAUUGAUUGAAAUUGUAUUGUGUUGUCAUUCAUACAUUAGGUAGGGAUUUGAGUUAAA